AUGCAACAAUCCGAAGUGCUCGUCCACAUCUCCGCCCCCAGCACCGUGGCCGAUGAUGCCGGCUACCGCGCUCAGGUCGAAGCAAUCCUCAGUUUUCAACCUUUCUCUCGUCAGCUCAUAACUUUACGAUCUGAUGACAGCGAAGCCAUCCCCGCUGUAACGGAAGCCGGUCCCUCCUAUACCCAGGAACAACACAAUGCCAGCUCUUCUACACUCAAGCCUCCAGACCCUGGAGCAGCCUCACCAGCCCAUCGACCAAGUCAACAUGACAAGGACUCGCUCGGAACCCCCCUGAGUGUCAUUCCCGAUUCUCAGCCUGAGCGAAUUCCCCCGGAGCCAGUCGACUUGCAGGAGAUUGCCCUUCCCCAACCAAGUCCAACACCGCGUCGCAAAUCGACCGAUACGAAUGGCCUCCCUUCUACGAAGCGAAGUCGUCUAGACUCCCUUUCACCAGUCAUCGGUACAACAUCCCCAGAUGAGCAUCUCAACAACCUCAGCCCACCAAACAACGACACCACCAGAGAAGUCGCCCCCCAAACACCGAAAGACAUCACCCUACACCUCCCCCUCGAAAUCAAACCAAACCCACCUCCCAUAUCAACAAACCCCUUCACAACCCACAUCACCCCGACCCUAGAAAUGCUCUCCACCCGCCUCAACCCCUCCCGCACAUACACUCCCCUCAAACAAACCCGACCGCUCGACGACCUCGAAAGAGGACACUGGUACCUCCGCCUCAAACUCACCGACACCCUAAACCCAAAGCCAAACUCCAGCACCACCUGGGACAUGCCACUCUUCACGCGCUUCUGGACCUUCCUAACGGAUUUCAUCGCGAAAGAAGGCCGCGCUGGCUGGGGUGUCUGGUGCGUUCUGGAGGAUGAUGGCUCAGAUAAACCUGCACCGUCGCCUCAGAAUGGACCCGAGGAUGGUGGGGUGGAGAAACCAACAAGACCAGUAACCCUGAAGGUCUACGCAUGGGGCGAGAUAGCUUCUCAUAUAUACCUGCUUUUAUUCCUGGCGAGUGAGCGUCGCGUUCGCAGGAUGGGACUGCAGUGGCGUGAUAGUGCAGAUGAUGUCGUGAUUCAAAUGCCGUAG